GGGCCACAUCGUCGGGCUCCUCACCGCCGCCGCCAUGCGCCUCCUCGGCUUCUCCAAGCAGACCGCACCCAACGGCAUUCACUACUGGUUCCGCGCUCCCAAAAAAUCGACGCCAAAGCGCAAGUCCCACAAGGCAGCAGCAGUGGUGCCGAUUUUCGACAUGUCAGCAGCACCGACCGCGCCGCUGCUUGGCGCGAGCGGGGGGCGCGUGAGAAGGGAGGAGGCGGGGGAGGCGGAGGGGGAGGAGGGGGUGGUGCUGGUGCACGGGCUAGGGCUCGGCCUCACUCCCUACCUCUCGUUCGUCCACAUGCUCUCGAGAAGCUACUCGAAAAAGAAGCUGAUAGUGGUGGAGCUGGCACAUCUGGCAGUGCGCCUGUCCACGUCAUCACCCACCAUCGAUGAUGUGUCAGACGGGCUAACUGACGCGAUGGCGGUUCACGGAAUGCAAUCAGCCAUCUUCGUGGGGCACUCGUACGGCGCGCUCGUGCUCGCUCGGCAAGUGCGCAAGCGUCCUGAGACAGUCAGCGCCAUGGGCUUUGUGGACCCGGCCUGCUUCCUGCUCUGCCUCCCUAAAGUGCUCUUCAACUUUAUUUAUAAGGUCCCUGGCUCCUCCUCAAUAGGCGACACAAUAGCAGAGGCUGUGAGGUGGUUCCUGUGUGGGAGGGAGCUGCAGGUGGCGCGUGCUCUCUGCCGUGGCUUCAACUGGCACUCAUACCAGGUGUGGGCGGACGACAUCCCCGUGCAUCGCUCGGUGGUGAUGCUGGCAGGGCAGGACCAGAUCGUUCCCUCGGAGCACAUCAGAAACUACCUGGCCAACACGCCAGUGGAUGUGAUGUACAACGAUGGUUACCACCAUGCGCAAAUACUCUUCAGCGAUGCCAAGCAGCGGGAGUUCAUCACGCGCCUCAAGGCAGCUUGCCGCUGA